AUGGGCAACAUGCUGCUGCGCACAACCCCCAAGCAGACGUCGCGCCUGCGGCAGAUCGUCGUGAUCUCGGUGCUCUGCCUGGCCCUGUACUGCCUGCUGCUAGUGCCCGACCAAAGCCUCGACUCGUCGCGAUCGACGACCUUUGACACAUUUCCCAAGACAUCAAGCCCAAAACCAGUCUCUCAGCAGGCCAAGGGAAAGUCGUCAUUGGCGGCGUUGUCGCCCGAGCUGCUGAACAACCGCUUCCUGACCGAGGCGCAGUGCCGCGCCAGCUUCCCGGGCCUCCUGAAGGAGAUCGACGACGUGGUCGCGAAGGGCCCUUUCACGCUCGAGAGGAAAUCGGAGGGCCUUGGGCCCCUGAUCGCCAGGAUCCGGCAUGGAAAGCUCUCCAUCCUCUCCGCAGGGCGCAAGACCGAGCUAAGCGCCGACAUGCUCGCGCACCGCUCCGCGACGCUGCACCAGCUCGCCAACGCGCUGCUGACGUGGCCCUCCUCCUCCGCCGACCCGGUCCCCGACACGAUCCUGGCCUUCAACCACCACGACGACCCGCUGCCCUCGACCCUCUCGUACUCGCGCCCCGCCGACCCGGCCCUCAACGACAAGUCGACCAAGCACUACUUCGCCAUCCCACACUUCAGCUUCUACGCCUGGUCGCUGCCGUUCAUCGGCUCCAUGUCGCGGGCCGCCGCCGUCAUCUCCGCGCUCGAGGUCCGCACGCGGAGCUUCCACGACAAGAUCCCGCGCGCCGUCUGGCGCGGCACUGCCUGGUUCAACAGCCCCCGCGCCGGCCGCAUGCGGCAAAACCUAGUGCACGCGACCGCGCAAAAACCCUGGGCCGACGCCGAGGCCCUGGACUGGGUCACCACCCCCAGCGGCCGCAACGCGACCAACGCCCUGCCCAUCGAGGACUUCUGCGCCUACAAGUACAUCAUCCACACCGAGGGCGUGACGUACAGCGGCCGCUUCCAGUUCCACACCCUGUGCGCGUCCGUCGUCGUCACGCCGCCCGUCGCUUGGAUGCAGCACGUCACGCACCUCCUGCGGCCCGUGUUCAGCUACACUUUGGAUGAUGACGACGACCAGGCGGCUGCUGUUAGGGGUAGUGGUGGUGGAAAAAAGAAGGGCAAGGGCAAGGGCAAGGGCAAGGGCGUCGAGCGCAAGAUGGUGGAUCUGGGUCCCGGCGACAAGAACUACUUCGCGCAGUACCCGGCGCCGUGGGUGAAAGAGGCCUGGCCGCGCGAGUGGGACGCCGCGGAGGCGAACAUCGUCUUCGUCGCGCCCGACUGGAGCGAUCUCGAGUCGACCAUCAUGUGGCUCGAGAGGCACCCCGAGACCGCCGAGGGCAUCGCGCGGAGGCAGCGCGAGCUGUUCCACGGUGGAGGCUAUUUCAGUCCCGCAGCUGAGAUGUGCUACUGGCGGGAGUUGAUUAGAGGCUGGAGUGAAGUAGUAAGAGCGGACGGACAGGGAUUCGACGAUCUAGAGGGAAUGACCUGGGAAGAGUUCAGUUUGAAAGAGAUCCACAAGUAG